CGUGUUCGGGACAGUACCCGCCGCGCCGGGUUUCUGACAGGCCGCGCCGCCAUGUUGGCGCGCGCUAUGUUUACCGCGCUUAUUGCCAUCCUGUUAGCUACGACGGCCAAAGCCGAAAAAAGCAAGUUCUAUUACAUGGACUCGCUGUGCAAGGAUCACUUCUUGCAGAGACAGUACCGCAGGCUUGACGGAGGAGUGCUCUGGUCUCGCAACGAGCGUAACCUGGACUGUACUGUCACCUUCCAGACCCACAGCAUUCUGCAGCGGUUUAUGCUGCACUUCGAUCUGCUGCAGCUCGACUGCAAUGAUCAUCUCUACGUGUACGAUGGUGCACACGCUACUGCACCUCCAAAGGCGGAUCUCUCCUGCCGCAACACAAAGGAGCAGGUUGGCGCUCUCUUCACCAGAAACAACUUCUUGACACUCAAGUACGUGACCGACAACUGGGGCACUGACGCCAACGGCUUUAGGCUGAUCAUCACCGCCGUAAAAGACCCCAAGCACGGUUGCAAGGAGUUCAGGUGUAAACAGAGAGAGUUCUGUGUGAGUGCUGACCUCACCUGCGAUGGUGUCGACCACUGCGCUGAUGGCUCCGACGAAGAUACUGCCGCUCUCUGCCCAGAGAAUGGUGAAGGGAGCACCAACGGUGCCUGGCUGGCGGUGGCUGCCGGGGUCGCGGCGCUUAUGAUCAUCAUCAUACUGGUGCUGGUCUGCUGCUACUGUCGUCAGCGAGCGCCCAAUAGACGCACCCACUUACAUUUAGACCAAAUGGCGAGCAGUAACGGAGCCAGCGGAAAGACCGCGGCGGCUGGAGGCUCGCCCGGCACUACAACACUGCUUCCGGGAAACUGGGCGCACCCUGCGGGCCCGCGCGGGUACAAGUUGGCGCACCCGGGCCGCCUGCGAGCGGCGGCGCUGCGCUGAGCGGCGCCGGCGCUCCGCACAAGGACGAGUGGUUCGUCUGAGGCGGUCCGGUCGGGCUCGCAGGGCGGGGGCCCAGUACCGGCCCCCGGCAACUACCACAUGGCUCCCGGCAGAUCAGAUCACACACACGCACACUUUGUAUUGUAAAACGCUUUUGCGUUUCACCUCUGAUUGGCAUCGGUUUUUAUAACACUGGGUUUCGAUAUCAGCGCCAUCUGUUGUAAACACCUCGAUAUUCUAAGAGUUUAAUGAUAAAGAUGUAAAAUCUAGACGAAGUAGUAGGUAUAUUAAACGAACAAUAUCCACUAUUUAUUAAUAAAAUUAUGUAUCAAUAAUAAGUUUGUAAGACAGUUUGAAAGAUAAAGAUUGGAAAUAAACAAGACACUAUUUGUAAACUUGUAUCAAUGAAGUAUUGACGUUUAUAAAACUUACUAAUUAAAAUCGUAAAAAACCAUUUGAACAAAAUCUUAUGCGUUUGAUCCUGUUAAUAUUAUGAUCUCUUCCAGUAAUCCUAUGACACUGUUAUAUUCUACAAUAGAUGGCGCUAUUUUAUAAUUAUACUUCAUAUUAUAAAGAUAAAGACUUCUGACAAUACUUAAUUUAUAUAAAUUUUUUAAAUAAAAACGAUGCCAAUCUUGUGACCGUAAUAUACCAGGUAAAUGUGAUAUAACUUGAAAAUCAUAUUAGUCAGGACCAGAAUAAAGUAGCAAUAAUAUACAUAAUUAUGUCCCAUUGUUUUAUAAUGUAAAUUAAAUUAUAAAACCGUCUCUUUACUUACAAGAUUUUUUUAAUCCCGCAACUGUAUUUACGAAUAUAUCCAAACAUAUCCUUGCUCUUGUAAGUAAAUUGAAUAAAUCUAAAAUAUUUUUAAUUGUCAAUCUUUCAGUCAACUAAAGCGUGAAAUAAAGAGUGUGAGUUUUGAUAUUGCGAAUAUAUUGCCGUUUCUUUUUUAAAGCAUUUCUAUAACACAUUAUUAAGUAUUAUUCUUAAUUUGACUGUAAUAUUAAAAAAUAUGUAUUUUGCCCAGAGUUCCAAGUGUGAGAUUUUUUACUUAUUCGAUCGCGUUAAAGUUAACUACGAUUUUUAUGGCGCCGAAAGAGCGCCAUCUAGUGAAAGUAGAGGAAAAUAUCAUAGACGUUAGUUAUGUUAACGUUUACCCGAUCAAAUAGGUAAAAAAUCUCACAUUUGGCACUCAGAUUGAUUACCAUUACGAGUGUGUCAACCGAUACAGAUCAUACAAUUUUUAAGAAAAUGUAACCAAUUGUUUCUUUUUAAAUAAGACUUUUUGAGACUUGUAAACUAUGAGAAUAAAAUAAGACUUUUUCGUUAAGUCUGAGUGUUAAAUAUCAAAAUUUCAGAUACUUCUCGGUUGAUUUUAAAAGGUUAUUGAUAUCGAUAUUAUCAGUGUAAAGUUUUUUGAUAUGUGUAAUAGUUAUGGAAUAAUCACAAUUAACGCUUACAUUCUGUAUACUAAUAACAACAAAUACAAGAAAAUAUUUAUAAAAAAUGUUUAUUUGUGAGUGUGAUUGAUUUAAAAUCAUUUAUAACUAUCAAAUCUCAUACUCGGAAGACAAAGUUGAAAUAAAUCGCGGGAAGCCUUUUGAUCCAUCAUGUGUAUAUGAUUAUAAUAAAUAAAUUAAUAUGUCUUUUAUAUUAAAACAAGUAUUUGUUAUGUGUCGAAGGAUAAUUUAAUUUUGAUUUGGGAAAUAAUUCGUAAUGAUAUUUAGGAAAAGUUUGCAAUAGUCGGGUCAGGUCAGGAUAAUUUUGGGCUGAAUUAUGACUAAACAAAAUUAGCUAAACACCUUAAACGGAAGGUAUGUUGUAAUUGGACUUUCAAUAAUGUAUUUUAGAUGUUUACUCUUUAAUGGACCUUCCAUUUACCCAUUAACCCUAAUAUUGUGAUAGCUGCAUCAAUAUUUAAUACAAUAGCAGAAAAAAUAAAGUCAUUUCUGAUCAGAACUUCUUCUUGAAAUACCCAACUCAUUCUUACGUCAUGUCUAGAAAUUAAACAAUAUUUGUAGAAACUAUGUCUCAGUAGAAUUUUAAAUACAUUCGCUAAUGUUGUCUUUAUUUCUCAUAACUUAUCAAAUUUUAGAAAUUGAUGCCGUAUUAUAAAGAAUGAAUUUCAAAUGUAAGUCCAAUGGUUAUUUCCUAUAAAAUGGCACUAUAUAAAUCUUAGUAAUAGAUACCACUGCAAUUACAGAUUUUACUCUGAAACAUAACAAUGCACAAACCACACGCAUUGCUCUGUUCAGAGUUCAAAAUGUAAUUCGGCUAAAUUAUGGAGAGACUCUAGAAUAUUUAGACUACACUAGAUUUUCAGAGCAAUUGAGUUCAUUAAAGAAUACACUGCGUAGAUAUUUAUAUAAAUUUCAUUUAUAAUAAAAGAUGAAAUAAUAUUUUCUUGAAAUUGAUUUAUUUAGAGAAUAUUUAUUAACUCAAUUAACUACAAACUCAAAUUUUUAUUUAAAUUUUCGUCAAUUUGUGUUUGGUAAAUUAAUUUCUACAUUAUCUAGAGAAUGAGUUAUAUAUUUUAGCAGUAAUUUAGACUAAUAGGUAUAGUUUUCCUUGGUAGUCUUACCAAAUAAUGGGUCUUUAGAACCCAACGGUUAUAAGUCAUGGCUUACAGUAUUCAAGUGCUUGUUGUAAACCCAAAUCGUAAAGCCAAAACAUCGAAAGGUCUUGUUGAUGACAGACAUCCUCCGACACAUAAUAGAAUAACAUAUUGUGACGUCAUAUUGUACAGUUCCAGUAUAUGUCUACAUACUGUAGUGUAACACCUGAUUAAACAUAUCUACGAUUUAGUUAAUUGUAAUGUGCAGCGUGGAAAAAUGUUUAGAUGUAAUCUUUUAUUACUGGUGCUCUAUCUUAUUCUUAAUUCUGGCAAGAUAUGUACGAAUUGAAUGCUAGUCAGAAGUGGGAUGCUUUCAUAAAUGUAAAUUUAAUAAAUUAUUGUGUAAAUGUGUUAAAAAUUGUGUAUGGAUGCAAAAUGUUAAUUCUUCUUUCCAAAUACAUAAAUGUAACCAGUUGUAUUAAGAACAAUCUAGUCUUUGAUAAAUUAUCAACCUUUAUAACUAGGGAUGGGACAAGCAUAAUAUAUUCUAAAUAUCGUUAUCAUUUAAACUGUAAGCAUGAUUUUGCUUAUGCGUGACGUAUAUAAUAAUAAUAAUGGUCCCAGUCGUAAUGUGUCACAAAAACGACUUGGUAGUAUAUUACUAGAAUACUGAAAGCAAUUCCGAAAAAAAACCAUGGCUCACGUUUGGUUAAUUAUUCUCACGGAAUUUACAUUUAAAUCAAACCAUAUUUUGGAAAUUUCAAAAUAAGUAAUAGUAUUUUCAUUCUUUGAUAUUCAAAUACUAUGGAAUAUUCUAAAUCCACGCUUCACAUAACAAUGCGAACACUGUAAUUAAGUUGAAACAUUAUAAGAUAAAUUUAUUAUAACUAUUUAACAUAGGAUCGGGAGUUUUUAUACGUUUCCUAAUAUUUUGCAUAAAUUACAAUAUACAUAAUCAUGGUAUAGUCAUAGAAUAGAAAAUCUAUGUAUGUAUAAAAUAUGUUUAGAAUAUUAUAUUAUAGCUAAGGUGUGUCCUAUCUUGUCAUGACUGAUGACGCGUGUUAUUUUAUAUAGAUCAUGUUCCGCCAUGUUUGAAUAAUACUUCCUUAUAAGGAUAUCUGGAUGAUGUGGGUCUGUAUCCAGGGAUCAAAGGGGUUGGAUAUUGAAUUAGCACUACGAGAGACAGCGAAAAUUCUCGAAAGACUUAAUACUUACAUCGAUACAAGUAUGUCAUUGAAUAGUAGAUAGAUUCAACUUUGUAAUAGGUAAUAAUAUUAUAAAAUUAAAUAUUUUGCCACACAUGACAUAAAACAAAUCAGUCUUCAAUUUUUUUUACUGAGUUCUUUUGCAGCAACUUACGACAAAACUGGAGAAGAAAUUUUUUUUUUAAAUAUAUCGGCAAAGGACUACGAUAAUAUUCCUUUGCAUUCUGAUAUAUUGGUAGUGGACUAACAUGGAAAGUAUAUCACAAACAAUAUAGAUUGUACAGUACACGUUAGUAAUUAUUUGGGACUGUGAUGUUAAAAUGAGAUAAUAUUCUAUGGACGGGGACAUUACAGUUACCUCUCUAUAUGUUAUGAUCUGACUGAAAUGUAGAAUUGCUUCUUUCUUAGCAUUUGUCAGCCCCAAUAUUUAGUAUAUACACGACAGAUGCGCCAUCAGGCGUCGUGUCUUAUACUGAGCCUUUCACUUAAGAAUAAUAAAACUGUAUUAUAAUACCAACAAAUAAAAAAACGUUCGCUAAAUAAUCAUCAUUUCUAUCAUUACUACAUAAUAUACUAGUAAAGUAAUAAGCAAAUGCUGGAAGGCUACGUUUAUCAUCAACGCCUUCAGAAGCUUCUUCUGAAUCAAGAACUUCAUUACUGAAGAUCGUCUCUGUGAAAAUCUGGCGUCAAAAACAUUUCUUUCUAUUUUGCUUCUUUUCUGCUUCUUUCGGGACGGUUGUAUCUUUGAGGCCUAUGAGUAUUUUGAUAAUUCCAUCGAAUUAUAGCCCACACUCAAAUUCUUAUAUACGACCACAUCGAUUACAUUUUCUUUGAUUAUCUGGUUGUCGUUGAACUCUGUGAUCAAAGACACUCAAUGAUCUUAUCAUCCAUCUGCUGAUGGUAGAAAGCGCGUAAUAUUAUAGAAUGUAAUAUUAACAUUUAUCAUAAGUCUUUUGAGUAUUUUCGCUAUUACUCUUAGCAUACUUGCAUGUAAUACUUAUCUUGGUGACAAUGUUUAGAUGUAUCUGUGCCUGUGACGAUUAGUGGAUGCGAGAGUGACGUCACAUUAUACCAUGUUGAUGGAUGCAAUGUAAAUUUAUUAUGACAUUAAACAAUUUUGGGCUUACUGUUCGUA